AUGUUCGAGAGAUUCUCUCCUGGCUCCAUGAAGGCUGUGAUGCUGGCACAGGCGGAAUCACGCAAGCUUGGUCAUGACUACGUCGGCACCGAAAUGCUGGUCGUCGGAAUCCUUGCCGAGGGCAACGAGAAGGGAUGCAGGGCCUUGGAGGCCGUCGGCAUCUCCUUGCAAGAGGCCCGAGGAAAGCUCCACGACAUGGUCGGCACCGGCACCGGCGGCAAGAAUGUGGAAAUUCCGCUGACGCAAGACGCAACGAAGGUGCUAGAGGAAGCUCUGCAAGUGGCAAAAAUGGAAGACUGUGCUAUGGUCAGCUCGGAGCAUGUCCUGAAGGCUUUGAUGGCGCAGGACGAAAGCCUGGGCACGAAGUUGAUUGGGCACAUGCUUCGAUGCGAUAGCGCGGAGGAGACCCGAAAGAAGGUCUUUGCGAAGCUUGAUGCGCAGGCCUCGCCAUCUGUUCCAGUCACGGCAGCUGCUCUCGAGGCUGCAACCCCCAAGGAGGACGAGCCGGAGCUGCGCCUCACAGAGACCUUGCGCUUUGCCGAGGACCUCACGAAGGCAGCAGAGGAGGGAAAUCUGGAUCCACUGGUCGGCCGUGAAGUCCAGCUGGAGCGGACGAUUCGAAUCCUGGGCAGAAGGUCCAAGAACAAUCCUGUCUUCGUGGGCGAAGCUGGGGUGGGUAAAACCUCCAUCGCUUGCGGCCUCGCCCAGCGAAUCGUGCAGGGCCGCGUGCCCCCAACGCUUCGGAACAAGCGGGUCCUCAGUCUCGACCUUGCUCUCCUCCUUGCCGGCACCAGGUACCGUGGGGACUUUGAAGAGCGCCUACGUGCUGUGGUGAAGGAAGUUUCGGAGAGCAAUCGGAGGGUGAUCCUGGUGAUCGAUGAGGUUCACACCCUUGUUGGUGCUGGCAGCAGUGGAGGUGAGGGUGGCGGCAUGGAUGCAGCUAACCUCCUCAAGCCGGCACUAGCAAGGGGGCAGCUGCAAUGCAUCGGGGCGACCACGCUGGACGAGUACCGGCAAUACAUUGAGAAGGAUCCAGCCCUCGAGCGCCGUUUCCAGCCGGUCCUUGUGCCCGAGCCAACCGAGGAGGAAACCGAGCAGAUCUUGCUGGGCCUGGCGCCGAAGUACGAGCGCCACCACCAGCUUAGAUACGAGCCGGAGAGCAUCCGAGCCGCAGUGCGCCUGGCCGCACAGUACAUCAACGACAGGUUCCUACCCGACAAGGCCAUCGAUGUUAUGGAUGAGGCAGGUGCAAAGGUUCGGCAGCAGCUCUUCCUUGAGGCCGAGCGGGAGGAGGAGAUGGCGGAGCGGCGGAAGCUCGAAGAGGAGCUGGAUUCUCUCAAGGAGCAGAAGGGAAUCGCUGUCUCCAAGGAGGAGUUUCAGGAGGCCCAGCGGCUCAAGAACCGCCAGGAAGAAAUCGAACUCCGGCUGCGGUCUCUGGAGAAACCCGUGCAGAGCUGUGCGACGGACUCGACGAAAGGCGCUGACGAGGAGAAGCUCCGGCUUUUGCGCGCGCGAGUGGAGGAAGCUGUCGCUGCAGAGAGAUUCGACGAGGCCUCGGAGCUGAAAGCCAAGGAGCGCGAGGUUCUGGGUUGGUCCAAGGGCACGGAGGAGGCAUGGGUUACCGAGACUGACGUAGCGCAGGUGGUGGCCAGCUGGACAGGCAUCGCCGUGGAACAAGUCUCGGCCACAGAGUCGGCGCGACUCAUGAAACUCGAGCAAGAGCUCGCAAAGAGUGUCGUGGGGCAGUCAGAGGCUGUCAGCAGCGCAUCGCGUGCCUUGCGCCGUGCGCGGGCGGGCCUGCGGAACCCUUCCCGGCCAAUUGCCGCUUUAAUGUUUUGUGGCCCGACUGGGGUGGGGAAGACUGCUCUGUGCAAGACUUUGGCGUCCUGCUUCUUCGGAUCCGAAGAUUCCAUGAUCCGCUUGGACAUGAGCGAGUUUAUGGAGAAGCACACGGUCUCGAAGCUCAUCGGCGCACCCCCUGGGUAUGUGGGCUAUGGCGAGGGCGGGACCCUCACCGAGUCAGUUCGGCGGAGGCCCUACUCUCUGGUCCUCUUUGACGAGGUGGAGAAGGCUCAUCCAGACGUCUUCAACACAUUGCUGCAGCUCUUGGACGAUGGGCGCUUGACGGACUCCAAGGGCAGAGUUGUGUCCUUCAGCAACACACUGGUUGUCAUGACGUCCAACAUCGGGAGCCGCAGCGUCCAGAAAGGCGCAGGUGGCGGUGUCGGCUUGGGCUUCGGCACGAUGGAGGACUCGGCAGAGCAGAGCUACCAGGUCAUCCGGGAGCUUGUUCACGAGGAAAUGAAGAGCUUCUUCCGCCCGGAGUUCCUCAAUCGUUUAGACGAGAUUUGUGUCUUCCGACCGCUGACAAAGGAGAACAUCCGCGCUAUUGCUGAGGUGGAGUUCAACAAGGUGGCAGCACGACUCCUCGAGGCUGGCAUGCACGUCUCGUUGACGGCGCGCUUCAAGGAGCGGGUGGUCCAGGAGGGUUUCGACCCUGCUUACGGAGCCAGGCCACUGCGGCGCGCAAUCACGCGCUGGUUGGAGGACUCUUUAGCGGAGCACCUCCUGGACAGCACCGCCCAUCCAGAGGAGAACGACCUGGAGCAGCGAGCUUUGGUCGACCUCAGGGAGGACGGCUCCGUGCAGGUCCACCGUUUGCCCAAUGUCAAGAAAGAGGAAAAAGAACUCACCGAAGCGUGA